UUUUAUUUUUUAUUAUACGUCAAAAUUUAACCUCAAAAUCGUAAACGUCACCAAAAACUAAAUUCAUCAGAAAAAGUAAUAAUCUCAAUUAUUUUUUAAAUAAUUCAUUUUUCAAAAUGGGAGAAGUCGCCGUGGAAGUUUCGGGUGAUAUGGAGGCCCCCCAAAUCACUCAAACUAAAUCGAAAUUUAGUUUUAUGCAAUUUCCCACUCAAAUUCCCGACCCAAAAGAUUGGAUUAAACAGCAACAACAAAACGUACGACCGUGGUUAAUUUUCGUGCAAACCUCGAAUUUUAAAGCACCCCCAUCGAUUCCCCGUUUAAGCCGAAGGAUUAUGAGAAACAUCGAAUAUUUUCAAAGCAAUUAUUUAUUCGUUUUCCUUGGAUUGGUGGCUUACUGCUUGAUAACGUCCCCUUUGGUGCUUUUCGCAAUUUUGGGAACUUUUUACGCCGGGUACAAAUUAUCACAACGGCACAAAGAAAAAAAAUUCGUCCUAUUUGGGAAAGAAUUAACCCUCGCACAACAAUAUGGAAUCGUUUGUGCGUGCUCGAUGCCCGUUUAUUAUUUAGUAGGGGCCCACGCGGCGAUGUUUUGGGUUUUAGGGGCUUCGUUCUUUUUUGUUACGUUACAUGCGGCUUUUUACAACAUUGAUGCUUUGGUUACUGAGGAAGAUACUUAUUUAAUUACGCAAGAUGUUUAAAAAAUUAAGAUUAUGUGUAAAUAAAUAAAUUAAUAAAAAAAGAUAGGUUAUGUUAUGUCCUAACCUAUAAAUGUCAAAAAUA